GUGUAUUGGAUUAGAAUCACAUACCCCACCUUUAAGGUACACUUACUGUAAUAGCUUUUUCUGGAGCUUUCAUUCACAUCCACUGGGAGAUGUGGUUAAAAGCAAUGGAAAAAGCUCAUAACUGCAUAAUGGCAAUGAAAUGCAGUUUAGGUCUAACCAGAAGUGCAAUAAGCAAGUGCAGGAUAUAAAGUGUGUGCAUAAAUGCAGGAUAGAGGAGUAUUAUGAAAAUAUUUUACAAGUGGUACUAUGGACAUUAUAUACAGAUGGCAUUACUAUAAACAGAAGUAUGCUGAUGGAUAUGACUGGACUUUGAGUUAAGAUGUUUUUUGGUUAAACUGCUGUUUCCAAGGUCAAGAGUGAACUUUCAUGUUCAAAUCACUUUUCCUGAAAUCACAGCUAAUCCCUUUGCUGUUGUGUUUUACAGCCUGCCUACAAUAACCCCGGAAGUAAAGGCAGCACGACAGCAGCAGCUUCAGUCCUUCGUCUGUGUCUACACAAAAUGCCUUCAGGCACAGUAUUGAGUUUAAGGUCACCCACAUUUUGGCAGCGCUUAGAGCACAAUACACAAUCACUUUAGAGUCAAAUGGAAGAAAACGAACUCGCAGCAUAAAAAGACACUUCAAGUUGCAGUUUUGUUUGUAAAGUAGGAGUGAAACUCGAGCCGUUACGUAACAACAGCUGUAGUGAAAAUAGAAACAUCUGUUCCUUCAGAAAUGCGUGAGAUGUAAGACUGAGAAACGUGGCUGAAAUGCCUCCUUUUUUAGAUUCCAGGCAGCUAUUGCUUUUCACUCAUUUCCAUUCGGCAUGAGAAGCAGUUAGCGGACUUGGUUCAUGUUUAAUUUAUGUUUAAGUUAUAUCACCAACAUCAACAAUCUGCAUUUAAACUGUCACCAGGCAAUAAUAAUAACAAUCAUCAUUGUAUCAUAGUAGAAAAAUGUGACAGUGAGCCGUAUGCACAAUAUCAGGACCCUGAAAAUGCAGCAGCUAAAUGGAAUUCAGCCAUCAUUCAUUAUAUUAUACUAUAAUAUAUUAUUAUUAUUAUUAUUAUUAAUAUCAGCAGUAAUAGUGGUAGCAGCUGUGGUAUUAAUAUUUAUGUUAUUAUUGUUGCUCUUCAAUAUGAUGCAACAACUUUCAAUUUACUGCUGAAAGACUGUUGAAGGAAAACGAAAGUACAGUGUUGAUGAGGUUAUGGGAAAAUCCCUGUUCUGCCUUCAUAAGGGAUCACGGAGCUGUUGACUCACAGAUAAACACAGCUCCGAGCAGCAACGUGCACUACUCCAAAGAGACAGUGUGGAGACACAAUCUGUACCAAACCAUUCCAACUGAAAAACUGAUGAUGAAGAAAAUAUGGCAAUUUGGAGGAUGGGGUAAACUUUGGAGGAAGGCUAGCCGGAGACCUCUGAUAGAGAACAACAACAAUGACAUACAAGAUGGUUACGACCAGGCAUGUAACGAGUAUGACAACCCCUCGGCUCAGAACACCUUCGACAACCAAGAGGACCAAUGCUUGCAGAGUGAGCAAGAGAUCACACUUCAGGAACUAGCUGAACUUCUAGGUGUGGCCCCUGACGCCAACACCUCUGACCAUGAAUGUUGUUGCUCAAUGCGGCCCGAGCCAAAUUCAACGCCACAGAACCUGACACCAAGUGUUCUUUGCCUCAUGAAAAGAUCUGUGUCCCAGCACUUCCCAAAGCCACCGGCAGAUCUGAACCAGAACCUUCAGCAGCACCUGUCAGAUGUGCAGGAAACUGUGUGCAAUGAGCUUGUGAGGCUGGGUCCCCUGUUGAAGUCUGUGGGGUUGAUGGGAUGUCUGAUUGAUUGCUACCAUCGUCAGACAUUUGAUCACCUUAAUUAUCUACUCCAGAACAUCAGCUCCUUCCAGAAUUCCUUUGUGCUGGUGAAGUGGGUCCUACAUGGAUAUCUGAGUCAGGAGCUGCUUGGUCAUCCUGAACUUCAAGAAAUGGAUCCCAUUAAAAAUGUCGACCUUCUGCUGUUCACAAAAUGUGCAGAAAAUGCAAAGAACAAACUGCUUGAAAAUGUGCAGAAAGAGGUCAGAGGAUGCCUGGAGAAAAUCCUGCAGCUUGAGAGAAGCCAAGAUGGUUGUGAUUGUGAGGAAGCUUACGUUCAACUUUAUGUGGACAUUAUUCAGUGCAUUGCUGCCAUGCCAAAAGAAGCACAAAAAAUCAGCUCAAAACUGUCUGAUCUCGUACGGGAGGUUUGUUACCAAGAGCUGCUGACGUUUCUGAGGAGGUACGCCGCUGAGGUGACUGAGAUGCUUGGAAACAGAGCAAAAAAGGGCAAACCAGAAACGAUGCACUUCUUCAAGACUUUGAAAACCUGUAAAGAACUCAAGCAUUACAUCAUGACCGAAGGUAAAGACAUCGAAAGAUCCCUUCUCCAGGAAACUGUGGCGACGCUUAUAUACAUAGAGGCUUUUACUUUGAAACUUCUGAUAGAAGUUAUAACUGACAUUGCAGAGAGCCACCUCGGGAACUACUUCAGAUCAAAGAACAAGCUGUUCUUCUUCUUGAUUCACAGAGUAAAGAAUCAUUUCCCCAAGCUGUUGUGCUGCCAGGAUGUACAGAAGAGAGUGAUGGAUGAGGUUUAUAAGCUCAUCACUCAGAUUUACCUCAAACAUCUUCUCCAAACCAGCCAGUGCAGACUGAGGAAGUACUGGAGUCCCAAUGUCGGGCAAACAGUCGCUGAAGAUGCUAAGCUACUUCACUACACCAUGUCAGACCUGGCUCCUGGUGUCCGACAGUGGAACCUCAUGCUGCUGAAUAUCUCAGAGCUGUUGGAGUGUGAAAGUACCGACACAGUGAAGCUCAUAGUUGUAGAAAUGCAGAAGGAAGGUCUCGUGUGGAGCAAGAAACUGGAGCUCCUGAGUGCACUGCUGCAAUGGACGGGUCUUUCUGAAUGCCAGGUUAGGGAGGUGCUGGACGCCAUUCCUGGGCACCAACCCAGAUCUGAAUCCUGGUACUCCUUUCUUACGUGCAGAUGAAGGCUGAGCUGCUCUACAGAGGAUCAACGGCAACAAGCAAAGAGGACAGAGCUAAUUGUACAAAACGUUCAGGAGACUUUCAAUGAACUUCAGCAGAAUCCUGUUAAAACUCCGUUAUUGAUGUCACUUCUCAAAUCUAAUCUAAAGAUAGAGAUGUAGAUACAGAGAAGCAGACAAGUUACAGAAAGUUUUUAUAAACUAUGACACAGCAGGGAUUAGGUCUGUGUACAAGAGGCUGCUUAUGUACGAGUUAGCCUAAAUGUAAUGGAAAAUUACAUGAUGUCGCAAGAUGAUUGCACACUGUUAACAGUAAAAUUUGGCUUUGUGCAAAAGACCUGUAGGUGAUAUUUUUGCUGAACUUACAUAGUUCAUAAAAGCGAAGAUUUUUUUGUUGAGCUUUGAUAUUUAAAGACAAGAACAAAUCAUUUAAAGGGAUUGAAUUAAAGAGGAAAGUAAUCUUUUUUGUUCUGCUAUGUGUGUAGUAGUGUACUGUAGGUACUAAAAGAAACUGAAAUGCACUGAUAAAGAUGCAUGAUUUCUUCACUAUUAUGUUAAUAGUUUUAUAUUAUUUAUAAAGUCUAUUAAGUAAAUGUAUUUAUAUGAUUAAAUAGAUCUUUUAUAAAAACUUCCCAGUAUUCACUAGCCUGCAAUCAAUCACACAAUAUCAAACUUUACUGUUAACAGCAAAGACUCUUCUGUUUCAGUUACUGUUUUCUGCUUCAGUGUUUUUGUGUUUGUAAAUGUUAUAUACUGUAUUCUCCUACAGUGAUUAUUUUGUUGAGAAGCUUAUAGAUUGGGUUGCAGGGACACAAAAAAGUCAACUUUUCUUUUUCUAUCAGCAAUGUAAUGAAUAAACUUCAGUAUGAUUCAAUAAAACA